AAAAAAAUAUGACAGCUAAUAAGAAGAGAGAGAGAGAGAGAAAGAGAAUCAACGAGUCUUUCGUCUUCACCAUAUAAAUAGUCUCUCACUUUUUCCCGUCUUUCUCUUUUCUCAUUUUUCCACCUGAGGAAAAAAGCUUUUUCGAAUCUCUCUCGCUUGCUUUUUGUCGCCAUGAGUCUCUUUGGGCUUGGGAGAAAUCAAAAGACUUUCCGUCCUAAAAAGAGUGCACCUUCUGGAAGCAAGGGUGCACAGCUUCGGAAGCAUAUAGAUGCCACCCUAGGAAGUGGGAACUUGAGAGAAGCUGUGAGACUUCCUCCAGGAGAGGAUGCAAAUGAAUGGCUUGCUGUAAACACUGUGGAUUUCUUUAAUCAGGUGAAUUUGCUAUAUGGCACACUUACCGAGUUCUGCACACCUGAUAACUGUCCUACAAUGACUGCUGGCCCAAAGUAUGAGUACAGAUGGGCAGAUGGUGUACAGAUCAAGAAGCCCAUCGAGGUAUCUGCUCCAAAGUAUGUUGAGUACUUGAUGGAUUGGAUUGAGACUCAACUCGAUGAUGAGACUUUAUUUCCUCAAAGGCUUGGAGCACCAUUUCCUCAGAACUUCAAGGAUGUGGUGAAAACGAUCUUCAAACGGCUAUUCCGAGUUUAUGCUCAUAUAUAUCAUUCUCAUUUCCAGAAAAUCGUUAGCCUCAAAGAAGAAGCUCAUCUCAACACUUGCUUCAAACAUUUCAUCCUCUUUACUCAUGAGUUUGGACUGAUAGACAAGAAAGAACUCGCGCCUCUACAAGAGCUCAUAGAAUCUAUCAUUUCACCUUAUUGAGCAAAAAAGACUAUUUCAGUUUUUUUUUUUUUUUCAGAUUAAAAACCCCAAAAAUAAAAUUAACGGUAAGAAGUUUUAUUUUUAAUUAUAAAUCUCUCUUUGUUUGUUUCAAGUUUUCUUUUUUCUUAAUCCUCUGUAAAAUUUAAACAUUUACUAUGUAAAAAAAUUCGAUCUUGACUAGACCUUUAUUCAUGUGUGUUCAUGUGAAAAGUAAAAGGAACUUUACAAUAUUUAAUUCAUGUUAA